GGCGGGCGCCGUCCCUCUGCAGCCUGGCAGGGCCCAGACAGGAUUCUUACACCAAAUCUCUUCUUUUCACCCUCAAGGGGCUGUGGCUGCCCUGGAGGUGCUGUCCCUUGUCCCUGUCUCUUGUCCCUGUCCCUCCUCCGGACACUUCUGCCCCGGAACGUUUCUCCCCAGUUGCGGUUCAUUUCUGCCCCGGAACGUUUCUCCCCAGUUGCGGUUCCCGCCCGGCGCGGGGAGCAGUGCCAAGAUGGCGGCGCCCAUCAGCCGCGACAGCCGCAGCUCCGAGCCCGGCGCGGCUCCCUACGGCAACUUCCCGAAUUAUUCCCGGUUCCACCCGCCCGAGGGGCGCAUCAGCCUCCUGCCCCAAGGGCUCCUGAGCAGCCUGUUCCCCGCGGCCACCCGCCCGCUGCUCGGGCUCGAUGUGGGCUGCAACUCCGGGGAGCUCAGCGUGGCUCUGUACCAGCACCUGCUGGGGCUCCAGGGCAGCACUUCCAGCCCGGAGCCGCCAGGGGCCGGGAAGGAGCUGAAGCUGCUGUGCUGUGACAUCGAUCCCGAGCUGAUCCGGAGGGCCCAGCAGAGCAGCCCUUUCCCUGCCUCCAUCUCCUUCGCCAGCCUGGACAUCAUGGACCCGGGGGCCAGGGAGCCCUUCCUGAGCUCCUACCUGGAGCGCUUCGGCCGCUCCUCCUUCGACAUCGGCUUCUGCAUGUCCGUGACCAUGUGGAUCCACCUGAACCACGGCGACAGGGGCCUGCUGGAGUUCCUGGCCCUGCUGGCCUCGCUGUGCACCUUCCUGCUGGUGGAGCCCCAGCCCUGGAGGUGCUACCGGGCGGCCGCGCGCCGGCUCCGCAGGCUGGGCCGGGAUGACUUCGAGCACUUCCGCUCGCUGCGGAUCAACGGGGACAUGGCCCAGAGCAUCACCCGCAUCCUGACCCAGGAGUGUGCCAUGGAGCUGGUCUGCUCCUUCGGGAGCACCUCCUGGGACAGGAGCCUGCUGCUCUUCAAAUCCAGCGCUGCCCGUGCCGAGGGCUCUGGCUGAGGGCUCGCACUGCCCUGGCUUCACGGGCAAGGAGGCAGAGCUGGGAAUUGCUGAAUCCCUGCUAGGACCAGGCCUUGGCUUCCCGUGGGAAUCCAGGGCAAGGAAUGUCUGUGACUGGUGUUUUUUAACCAGUUUUGUGGGGUGGGAGGUUGUUCAAGGAAGUGCUCCCGGAAUCCAAGCUCCUACAUGUGCUUUCCAUGUGUAUCAAGAAUAUUCCCUGGAAUACCAGUCCCUCAGAGGCCUGCCUUGGAUCCAGGUGUGGCCUCACCUGGCCCAGCAAAGGUGAAUUAUUGAUCCCACCUGAAACCCACCCUGGCUGGGACAGUGCUGCUGUUCUGGAAUACCAGAGAACAUGUAGAAUGUCCUGAUUGGAACAGCCUCACAAGGAUCCUCCAGUCCUGCACAAGACAUCCAAAACUCCCCCAGGACUGGGGUCAGGCACCUGCAGGACAAUCCCCUCCCUGGACCCAGCACCCUCCUGGGACAGGGGUUCAUCCCUAGUGGUGAGUGCUUUUGGGAGAAUUGAAAGGGCCUCACAAGGAUCCUCCAGUCCAGCUCCUGGCCCUGCACAAGACAUCCCAAAAGAAAUCCCAUUAACCCCAAAAUCCUGAUGCCCAAGUUGUCCAGACAUGCCCAGACCUCCAGAAUCAUGGAAUAUCCCAGAGCUGAAAGGGACCUGUGAGGAUCUGAGAGUCAUGGAACAUUUAGUGUUGGAAGGGACCUGCCUGGAUCAUCGACUCCAACUCCUGGUCCCUCACAGGACAUCCCAAAAGCCCACCCAGUGCCUGGGAAUUUUGCCCAAGCACUCCCUGACCUCCAGAAUUAUGGAAUAAUCAGAGUUGAAAGGGACCCACAAGGACCACAGAGUCAUGGAGUACCCUGAGUUGGAAGGGACCAACUCCAACUCCUGGCCCAGGACAACCCAAAAAUCCCACUGAUGCCAAAAUCCCAGCUUCUCGGGGCUGUCACCUCAAACCAUGACACCUGGGGAGUUGUUGCAGUGCCCAGCACCCUCUGGAUGAGGAACCCUUUCCCCAAAUGCACCCCAAACUCCCCCAGGGCAGGGGUGAGGCACCUGCAGGACAAACCCCUGCCUGGACCCAGCAGCCCAGGCUGAACUCUCCCAGGACAGGUGCAUCCCUAACGGUGAGUGCUUUUGGGAACCAUAUCCUUGGAAUAAAAAUCACUGACUUUUAGCCUAAA